UCUCGACAAAACUCUUCUGUCAAGCUUUGUUUCUACUUGGGUAAGUAAACUACUGAAACAGUCCACCCAAACGUAUGAAAUAGAUGGAGCCUACCCUGAGAGCUAACCAAUCAUCGAUCCUAAGCGAAAUCGAACGUAUGCCAGAAGCUCCACGUCAGCGUAUCUCUCAUCACCGUCGAGCUCGUUCCGACACUUUCUUCACCGGCGAAUCAAUCGACGAUCUCCUCCUAUUCGACCCUUCCGAUGUGGAUUUCUCGUCCCUCGAUUUACUCAACGCUCCAGCACCACAACCUUCUCUGAUGUACGUCGAUUCUCCUCCCGAAGAAACCUCAUCAAACGGUGCUCCACAGAUUCAUCUUCCCCCUGGCCGUCACGUUCGAAGCUUCUCAGUUGAUUCCGAUUCCGAUUUCUUCGACGAUCUAACGGCCACUGAGGAUAAUCAAUUCGCCCGAGCUACAAGCUCCGGAGAGAGGAAAGGUCAUCAUCAUCAUCAUCGGAGUAAUUCGAUGGAUGGAGCUACAAGUUCGGGUUCGUUUAACAUGGAAGCAAUUCUCGCCGCUGUGAAUUGCAAAGACGGUGGUAAGAAGAAUAUGAGUAUGGCUAGUGACAGACUUGCCGAGCUUGCUUUGCUUGAUCCCAAAAGAGCUAAACGGAUUCUCGCAAAUAGACAAUCGGCAGCUAGGUCAAAAGAGAGGAAGGUUAGGUAUACUGGUGAGCUGGAGAGGAAAGUACAGACACUUCAGAACGAAGCAACUACACUCUCUGCCCAAGUCACCUUGUUGCAGAGAGGAACAUCGGACCUGACCACUGAAAAUAAACACCUCAAAAUGCGGCUGCAAGCACUGCAGCAACAGGCUGAACUUAGGGAUGCUUUGAAUGAAGCGCUGCGGGAAGAAUUGAACCGACUCAAGAUGGCCGCUGGAGAAAUUCCUCAAGGUAAGGGAAAUUCAUACAACUGUACCCAAUUCCUAACUCAGUUCGGGAACAACAAGAACCAGCAGAUGAGCACAAACGGGCAGCCGAGCUUCCUUGAUUUCACCAAGAGAGGCUAAGUUCUAAGUGUUGGCUGAGUUUUCAUUUGGGGCUGCAAUAUUGGAUGUAUUUAUUAUGGUUUGUGUUAGCUUUGUUCGUCUAUACUGAUGAUAUGUUCAUGUCAAUAUGUGUAAAUAGUAGUAACUACAACUACUGUAAUACUGUCCAUAAAUCUUUAUAGCAAACAUAUCUACAUCCAUUUAGUAUCAAU